AUGGAUCUGUUAAACUUUAUCAACAACCAAGGCUUGCACGAUAUUGAGCUCCAGGGGGACAAGUUUACAUGGUCAAACAGAAGGACAGGUGAUGAUCUCAUUCAAGUCAAACUUGACAAGGCCCUCAUCCCUAAUGAGUGGUUUAAUCAUUAUCAAUUCUCCCUCUCAGCUAUAUCUCUAGAAUAUGCUAUGUAUAGAGUUGCCAAAAAAUUAAGAAAUGUGAAGGACAAUAUUAAAAAAUGGAAUAAGGAGGUUUUUGGAGAUCUAUUUGCUGCCAAAACUAAAACUCAGCUAGAACUUAAGGAAAUGCAGGAUAAAAUCCAAAUUAGUGGAUACAAUGAAGUUUCCAUCAGCGAGGAAAAUGAAGUGCUAGUGAAGUACCACAAGAUUAUAAGAAGAGCAGAAGAAUUAUGGAAGCAAAGGUCUAGAUCCCUAUGGCUUAAAGAAGAGGACAUAAAUACUAGAUUCUUCCAUAUGACCGCAGUGAAAAACAAGGCGGCUAACCAAAUCUUGAAGCUGAAAAUUGGGAGAACUGAAAUGAGGAAGGAUGAUGAGAUUGGGAAGGAGGCCAGAAACUUCUUUACUUCUCUUCUUUUGGAGGACUCUGUUCUGGACGGUCAAUCCUAA